CAAGUACGACAUUGACGUCUUCAUCGACGCCAAGGACAUUGUCCCGACCAUCACCUGGGGCACCAGCCCCGAGGACGUCGUCCCCAUCACCGGCAGGGUUCCCGACCCCGAGACCUUUGCCACCGAGGCCAAGAGGGCGGCCGGCCGCCGGAUGCUCGAGUACAUGGGCCUCACUGCCGGGACGCCGAUGGAGGAGAUUCAGGUCGACAAGGUCUUUAUCGGAUCCUGCACCAACUCGCGAAUUGAGGACAUGCGGGCGGCCGCCCACGUCGUCAAGGGCAAGAAGAUUGCGCCCAACGUCAAGCGCGCCAUGGUUGUCCCUGGCUCCGGCCUUGUCAAGACGCAGGCCGAGGCCGAGGGCAUCGACCAGGUCUUCAUCGACGCCGGCUUUGAGUGGAGAGAGGCUGGCUGCAGCAUGUGCCUGGGCAUGAACCCUGACAUUCUGUCGCCCCAAGAGCGCUGCGCCAGUACCUCGAACCGCAAUUUUGAGGGCCGUCAGGGAGCAGGCGGACGGACUCACCUCAUGUCCCCCGUCAUGGCUGCCGCCGCCGCCAUUACCGGCCGGCUGACUGAUGUCCGCAAGCUGGCCGAGUACACCACCAGCCCCCACGUCCAGGCUCGCGUCGGCCCCAGUGCCCCCGUGGAGCCGCCUCACGUCGAUGAGCGUGUCGAGGAUUCCGACGAGCGAGAGGCCAUUACCGACCAGCCCCUGGACCGCGAGCCGCACACCAACACCAUCGCGGCCAAGAUGGAGUCCGCCGGCAUGCCCAAGUUUGAGACUCUCAAGGGCGUCGCGGCGCCGAUGGAGCUGGCCAACGUCGACACGGACGCCAUCAUCCCCAAGCAGUUCCUCAAGACGAUCAAGCGAACCGGUCUGGGCUCGGCCCUCUUCCACAACCUGCGCUAUCUCCCCGACGGCUCCGAGAACCCCGACUUUGUCCUGAACAAGGAGCCGUACAGGCAGUCCAAGAUCCUGGUCUGCACCGGCCCCAACUUUGGCUGCGGCUCGUCCCGUGAGCACGCGCCCUGGGCGCUGCUCGACUUUGGCAUCAAGAGCGUGAUUGCGCCGUCGUUUGCCGACAUCUUCAACAACAACAUGUUCAAGAACGGCAUGCUGCCCAUCCAAAUCUCCAACAAGGAGCACCUCGACGCCAUCGCGGCCGAGGCCCGCGCCGGACGGGAGAUUGAGAUUGACCUGCCCAACCAGCUGAUCAAGAACGCGGCCGGCGAGACCAUCUGCUCGUUUGACGUCGAGGAGUUCCGGAAGCACUGCCUUGUCAAUGGCCUGGACGACAUU